CUCCCAGGACUAAGAAGAUGAAGAGACAUUCAUUUCCGGGUCACUAUAUGAAUGAGUUCAACUUUUACGUGUAGCUUGCUAACUUAUAUUAACUCGAACUGAUUGGAGUUAACUUACAGAAAACUGCUGCUUUUUUAAAAGACAGUUUAAAUGGAUUAUACCGCUUCUCAAAGUGGGUUCAGACAGCGUAAGUUACAGCCCAGUACGCGUCUGAGGAACAGCUCUGCAGAUGUUUCAGAUGGCAGCCAGCUGUUUGAAGAUAUGAGUGGAUCUGGCCCUGGAGCCUACAGCAGGAACCAGCCAGCUGGACCUCAGGCAGCAUGGUAUGCUGGUCAGUCCUUCCUGUCAGACCCCAUGUCCAGUCUGGCUAUGACGUAUGGGAGCUCACUGGCGUCUCAGGGGAAGGACAUGGUGGACAAGAAUUUGGACCGAUUCAUCCCAAUCUCGAAACUGAAAUACUACUUUGCUGUUGACACGGUUUAUGUCGGGAAGAAACUUGGACUUUUAGUUUUUCCUUACAUGCACAAAAAUUGGGAAGUGAGUUACCAGCAGGACACACCUGUUGCUCCACGUUUUGAUGUAAACGCCCCAGAUCUUUACAUCCCAGCCAUGGGCUUCAUCACCUACGUCCUGGUGGCUGGACUGGCCCUUGGCACACAGAACAGGUUUUCUCCGGAGCUGCUGGGAGUUCAGGCCAGCUCAGCGUUGGUGUGGUUGAUCAUGGAAGUCCUGCUGGUCCUGCUGUCACUUUACCUCAUCACCGUCAACACAGACCUCACCACCAUUGACCUGUUGGCCUUUUCUGGCUACAAAUAUGUCGGAAUGAUCGUAGGUGUCGUAGCAGGUCUUUUGUUCGGAAGGCUGGCGUAUUUUCUCUCUCUGCUGUGGUGCUGUGCAGCCAUCUUUGUCUUCAUGAUCCGCACCCUACGUCUGAAGCUUUUGUCUGAGGCAGCAGCUGAAGGGAAGCUGGUGAGAGGAGCCAGGAACCAGCUGAGGAUGUACCUGACCAUGUCCAUAGCAGCAGCACAGCCCGUCUUCAUGUACUGGCUCACCUACCACCUCAUCAGAUAAAAGCUGCAGUGCAUGUUUGCUCAUGUAGGACAUGAACUGGACUGUUGUCCGUUUAAAAGCUAAAUAACCACUCAACACACCAUGACUGAAUCACAAUACUCACGGAGCAGAAGAACAGAGACGUGGCUGCCUUUUCUCACUCAGCACAGCCAUGUUGUUAGUAAUACUCUUUUAUAUUUAAUGUCUUUGAAAUUUGAAUCACAUUUGUUUUGUUAUUUUUUUCCUAAACUGUGAUUAAAUGUAAUUUUUUUUUAAUAAAGUAUUUAUGUAUGUCUGUGGAUAGUUAAAACUAUCACUGCAGGCUGUUUUCUGUCCGACUGUCACAGGAGAUGUUUUAAAGCCAGGACGAAAGCACAGUGGAGCAGGAGAAAUACCUGGUUGUGUGUGGAAACUACUCCUGUAAAGGUUUUUGUCCCUUUUCUGUGGGAGCGGCUGUAAAACCAUUUUUAAAUGUUUACUGUUUUUGUUACGUCUGUGCUUUUCAGCCUGAAUUGUAUGGAACAUUAGCGACAUUAGCUUAGCUGUAGACCUCUCACAGAUUACACAUACUGAAUGAAUGCCUCCUUAAAUUUCAUUGUUUGCUAUUGGAAAUUAAGACAGGGCUGGUUUUCAGAAAAUGUUUUGAAAUUGUUCACUUGUGAUCAUCUGUUAUUCCUCAUCCAAACCCAGGACAGAAUACAUGUUUAUUUCAGUUGGUAACAAAACUCUUUGCUCUGGUAAUCGGGAUCCCCUGAAGCAUUUUAAAUAGGAAACAUGUAGCAGCUUAGAAAACUAGGAUUAUGACUUUUCAUUUAGUUUUUCUUAAAUGUUUUUUUUUUUGUCAGAUGCUGGCAGAUAAUUCUGCAGAACAUGGUUACAAGUUAGCAAAUUAAUUUGAUUUCAAAGAUUAAAGCCAACUUGAAAACUGUAACAUGAGAUAAACCAAUAAAAGGCACAAAGAGA